GUAUUGCCAACUCUCAUGAUUUUAUCACAUCUCAUGAUAUUUGAUGUUUUUCCUAAAGUCCCUGCUCCUGAUUCUGUAACUACCUGAGAAUCUCAGCUUUCAUUUUAAAAAGAUACAGCUCUAGCCCUCGCUGCUGGGGAGAAGAUCUGGGAAACGGGACCUAAGUGCAACCAGAAGGUCCAGAAACCAGACAGCAAAGAAACAAGGAGGCACAUAUAUUUUUGGUUUAAAUCUCAUGAUCUUGGGGCCUGACUCAUGAUUUUUGAACUAGUGGGGCUGGGGCUGGGAGGGAUCUUUAGGUCCUGUCUCCACUCAGUCAGCUGCUGCAGGAGAACAGGGAACAUGUCGCCAACUUUUACUAGAGGAACAAUUCUCCAAGCAGGCUGGGAGCUGGGGGGAAGCAGCCAGUCCUCCGUGUGAAUUCUGGGGGAUUUUAGUGCCUCACCUACCAAACAUCAGCUGGUUGUCUCAGCCCCACCACGUGGUGGGUCAUGCUUAUUAACCCCAUUUCAUAACUGGGGGAUCUGGGGUACAGCCACAGAGGAAGCUGGGAUCAGUGUUGAGAUUAUUCAUUUGCUGGCCAUACUCCACUUAGUCCACUAGAAUAUGCUGCCUCUAAUGCUACUGAGCUGCCCCUCUGGGUGGCCACAGGUGACCCUGACCACUCAGCCACAGGCAACUAGCAGAGAGGAGCCUUGGCUCACCCCUACAAGCGUCAGGGCCAGCCCAAGGGUCACUGACUCUCACAAAUGCAGCCAUGGGCCAUCCCAAAAAUCCAAGGGCUUGUGACCUUGGCUUUCCUGGAUUCCAGAGGCUGCCCUGGGGAAGCUUUAGGGAAAUCCAGGAACAACUCCCCUGUCGAUCCUUGUAUUGCAUUUGUAAGGCUCUUUGCAAGAAAAAGCAAGAAACCAACUUGUGUGUAAUGAAAGCUGAGAUUCUGCAUUGCAUCUCAAGGUGCCCCCGAACAGGGCUUUGAGAACCUUGAAGUGUGGCUCGGGUUGGGGGGACUCAAGGAACAGCCACAGAAACGCUCAAGGGGUGGUGGAGUUGAGUUCUGGGGAGAGAGUCAAAGAGCUAAAUCCAGCUGGCUUGGCAAAGCCAGGAAUAAAAGAAGAGACUUGAGAAUUAUCUGCAUGUGCCUGAGCAGGAGCAACCACAAGGAAGGGGCUGAGACUGAGCCAAGGGAAAGGAGCUCAGGAGCUAUCUCCCCAGUGCUGAGGGGUCCGUGAGCCCAGGGAGCUGUCUCCCCAAGGGCAGGGAAACUGGGAUCUAGGGAUGGAUAGAGCACAGACUGUGGAAAGAAAGGAUUCCCUCAAACAGGGCUAAGGCAACCCCUGCCUACCUGGUGGGAAUGGCCAAAGUAACCCCUCAGGUGCUGGAAGGAGAAAUCCUGCAUGUACAGCCCAUCGUGUUUCCUCGCCUGGGAAGCUGUGGUCCUGGCGAAGGGUCUGUCACUAACCUCAGGGCUGGCAGGGCCUAAGGAAACUCCAAACCUGGGAGCUGAUCUCUGCCGACAAACAGGUGAGAUGCAAAUCACAUGGGGCCCAUCCAGGAAUCUGACACCAUCACCGGGGAAAUGUUGAACUAACAAAGAGCAGGUGUGUGGGAGGCAGGAUGGGGUCUGCAGACUGGGGGAGGAGCUAGAGUCACUGGGGAAAACUGAACAUUUCAAAUAGAUUUCAGAGAGCUGUGUGGCUGACUCCCUCUCCGCUCCGAGUUAGCACAGGUCCCAGUGUUGUGUGAUGCUAGAGAUGUUUUUAGAGAAAAUAUGAAACUAGAGUCCUGAUUGCCUGAGAUUUGUCACUCUCCCCAUGAGUUGCGCAAUGAACUGCAUUUUCUUGGCCAAACCUCAACUGAGAUGAGUCCAUUCCUCCUUCCUAUAGUCCUCACACAGGUUCAACCAGAUACAGCACUCCACUUCCUGUCCCAAAGUGCCCUGUAAUGCAGCUGUUAAAUGGCUGCCAAGUCCCACCCCAGAGAAUGCUGCAUCUCAGCAGGACUCAGGCUAUCCCAAGUGGAGGACCCAUUACUAGCGGAUCGAGAUGGGUGAAAUGGAACAGAUGAGGCAGGAGGCCGAGCAGCUGAAGAAGCAGAUUGCGGAUGCACGGAAAGCCUGUGCUGACACUACACUUGCUCAGAUUGUGUCCGGGGUGGAGGUAGUUGGACGCAUUCAGAUGCGUACACGGAGGACCCUGCGUGGGCACCUGGCCAAGAUCUAUGCAAUGCACUGGUGCACGGACUCCAAACUCCUGGUCAGUGCCUCCCAAGAUGGGAAACUGAUCGUGUGGGACACUUACACAACCAAUAAGGUUCAUGCCAUCCCUCUCCGCUCGUCCUGGGUCAUGACCUGUGCCUAUGCACCCUCAGGGAAUUUUGUGGCCUGUGGGGGUCUCGACAACAUGUGCUCUAUCUACAAUCUCAAGACUCGUGAAGGCAACGUCAAAGUGAGCAGGGAGCUCUCGGCCCACACAGGUUACCUCUCCUGCUGCCGAUUCCUGGAUGACAAUAAUAUCGUGACGAGCUCCGGAGACACCACGUGCGCACUCUGGGAUAUUGAAACAGGACAGCAGAAGACUGUGUUUAUGGGUCACACUGGAGACUGCAUGAGCCUGGCCGUCUCCCCAGACUUCAAACUCUUUAUCUCUGGGGCCUGCGAUGCCACUGCCAAGCUGUGGGAUGUACGGGAGGGAACCUGCCGUCAGACAUUCACAGGGCAUGAGUCGGACAUCAAUGCCAUCUGUUUCUUCCCCAACGGUGAGGCCAUCUGCACCGGUUCAGAUGAUGCCACCUGCCGCCUCUUUGACCUGCGGGCGGACCAGGAGCUCAUCGUCUAUUCUCACGAGAGCAUCAUCUGUGGAAUCACCUCAGUCGCCUUCUCCCGCAGCGGGCGUCUCAUGCUGGCUGGAUAUGAUGACUUCAACUGCAACAUCUGGGACUCGCUGAAGGGGGAGCGUGUGGGGAUCCUCUCCGGUCAUGACAACAGGGUGAGCUGUCUGGGGGUGACAGCAGAUGGCAUGGCCGUGGCUACUGGCUCCUGGGACAGCUUCCUCAAGAUUUGGAACUGAAGAGGAUGAUCGGGAGAGGGAGAUUAUUGGGAGGAGGGUGUGUACAACAAACACAUUGUCAGUUGAGCACAAUUGGUAUUUCUACCUGUUAGUCACAGGCAUGUCUCUC